AAUAUUUACCAUGUACUAUAAUUUAACUAGGAUAAGGAAUGGCUCAAUGAACUAGGAGCACCGCCGUCUCUCUGUUACUCCUUUUGCUCUGAAGAAUGGCGUUUGUUCAUCUCUGUCACUUUUAUGGUAUGCUUUGAUGCGUACCUGAAGUCUUCAAGGCUAAACCCACGUGGGAAUAUCACUUACAACCAAGUGUUCUUGGAUUGUCAUGGCUUCAAUGGAGUGCUGGGUUUUGUUCAUUUUUUGUGUAGCAGUUUAUUUCCGUUCAAUUGAGGUUCAGUCAGGACUAAAGUAUAUGGGGUUGCAGCUGUCAAUGUAGAGGGAGAGUAAGAAAGAACAACUAAGGGAUUGAAAAAAUUAUACUCGAGAGGUGAAUUGGUGGAAGGGAAGGAGAAUCAUUUGAAUUAUUGAGAUGCAGAUGGCCAGAAGAAUGUCUGCUGAUGAAAACACUGAUAACAAAGGUAGCGUCUGGGCUUUGGAUCAGCAGCUUGAUCAGCCCAUGGAUGAGGAGGCUAAGAGGCUUAGAAAUAUGUACAAGGAAAAGAAAUAUUCGACAUUAAUGCUUCUGCAGCUUGCAUUUCAAAGCCUUGGUGUGGUGUAUGGAGAUUUAGGCACAUCUCCUUUGUAUGUUUUCUACAAUACAUUUCCUGAUGGAAUUGGUGACCCAGAGGAUUUAAUUGGAGCUUUAUCUGUUAUUAUCUAUUCCCUCACUCUUAUUCCACUCCUCAAGUACGUUUUUAUUGUCUGUAGAGCAAAUGACAAUGGUCAAGGUGGAACAUUUGCUCUUUAUUCACUACUCUGUCGACAUGCAAAAAUAAAGGCUAUUCCUAACCAAGACCAAACAGAUGAGGCACUAACAACCUAUAGUCGUUCUACAUUUGGUGAGCAAUCAUUUGCUGCAAGAACCAAGAGAUGGUUGGAGGGACAUGCAUUAAUGCAGAGCACACUUCUUAUUCUUGUCCUCGUUGGCUCUUGCAUGGUGAUUGGGGAUGGGAUUCUGACUCCAGCCAUAUCAGUUCUGUCAGCAGUUGGUGGGAUCAAUGUGGGCCACCCUAAGAUUAGUAAUGGGGUAGUCGUGCUUGUUGCUGUUGUUAUACUGGUACUUUUGUUUACCAUGCAACGCCAUGGUACAGAUAAAGUGGGUUGGCUGUUUGCACCAGUUGUACUCCUUUGGUUUCUCGUAAUUGGAGGAAUUGGCAUGUUUAACAUUUGGAAGUAUGAUCGUAGCAUUUUAAAAGCUUUUUCACCUGUAUAUGUAUAUCGAUUUUUUAAGAGGGGAGGAAAAGAUGGGUGGACAUCUCUCGGAGGUAUUAUGCUUAGUAUAACAGGAACAGAAGCACUUUUUGCUGACCUAUCCCAUUUCCCAGUCCCGUCAAUACAGAUUGCUUUCACGUCAGUUGUAUUUCCAUGCCUUCUAUUAGCCUACUGUGGUCAAGCUGCAUACCUCAUGAAAAAUUCAAAUAAUGUGAUCGGUGCUUUUUAUCAUUCCAUUCCAGACAGCAUAUAUUGGCCUGUGUUUAUUGUUGCUACUGCAGCUGCUGUUGUUGCAAGUCAGGCCACCAUAACUGCAACUUUUUCAUUAAUCAAGCAGGCCCUUGCAUUAGGCUGUUUCCCAAGAGUCAAAAUCGUGCAUACAUCAAGGAAGUACCGUCACCAGAUAUAUAUUCCAGAAAUUAAUUGGAUUGUUAUGAUUCUCUGCAUUGCCGUGACAGCUGGGUUUAAAAAUCAAAACCAAAUUGGCAAUGCCUCUGGGACGGCAGUUUGUAUAGUCAUGUUGGUAACCACAUUGCUUAUGAUUUUAGUCAUGAUAUUAGUGUGGCGCUGCCACUGGAUUCUUGUCCUGAUUUUCACUGGCUUAUCAUUGGUUGUGGAGGGCACUUACUUUUCUGCUGUGCUCCUCAAGGUCAAUCAAGGUGGCUGGGUUCCUCUUGUGAUCGCAGCAGCCUUUUUUGUCAUCAUGUAUGUUUGGCAUUACGGAACAGUAAAACGCUUUGAGAUUGAGAUGCACAGUAAGGUUUCAAUGGCAUGGAUUCUCGGACUUGGUCCCAGUUUAGGACUGGUUCGGGUACCUGGGAUAGGCCUUGUGUACAGUGAGCUAGCUAGCGGAGUGCCCCGCAUCUUCUCUCAUUUUAUCACCAACCUACCCGCCAUCCAUUCUGUUGUUGUCUUUGUCUGCGUGAAGUACCUUCCUGUCUGGACAGUCCCAGAGGAAGAGCGGUUCCUUGUAAAGCGGAUCGGACCCAAGAAUUUCCACAUGUUCCGUUGUGUUGCAAGGUAUGGCUAUAAAGACGACCAUAAAAGGGAUGAUGAUUUUGAGAAAAAGCUCUUUCAAAGCCUUUUCUUGUUUUUCCGGCUUGAGUCCUUGAUGGAAGCGUCUUCAGACUCUGAUGUAUCUAGCUUGCUUGAGCAACAAACUAAGCAAUCAGAAGAUGGCCUGUUUUGUAAUAGCAGCAAUAUGCUUCACUCCAAUGUGAACCAGUCAAUUGGGUCAGGGGACUCGAUCGUGCCUGACGAUUCUCCAUUGCAUGCAAACAACAUUACCUCCUCCAUUCCGGCAAGCAACCAGGUUGGGACUGAUGAUGAGGUAGAAUUCUUGAACAACUGUAGAGACGCAGGGGUGGUGCACAUGUUGGGAAAUACCGUAGUAAAAGCUAGGAAAGAAUCAAAGUUUUGGAAGAAGAUAGCUAUUGAUUACCUAUAUGCAUUUCUUAGGAAGAUAUGUAGGGAAAAUAGUGUAAUGUUCAACGUUCCUCAUGAGAGCCUCUUGAAUGUUGGACAAGUUCUCUAUGUAUAGCAUUCACAUCUUGUAAUGACUGAAGGCAUAUUAGCAAUCAAAUUUAGCAUGUUGUCAUCCGUUUCA